UCAGGGUGCUCUUUGUUCAUAGCAUGGGCCACAUUAUAUAGAUGUACAUUGGAUGUGAUGGUGUGGAAUGUGGUUUUCAUCCUGGUGAACUUCAUGCAUUUCUUCUUCCUGCUUUAUAAACGCAGACCGAUUAAGAUUGACAGGGAGUUAAAAUCAUUGUACAAGCGCAUGUUCGAGCCCCUGCAUGUACGUGAAGCUCUGUUUCAGAGGCUCAGCGGCCAGUUCUGCACCAUCCAGACCUUAAAGAAGGGCCAGGUCUAUGCAGCAGAAGAUAAGACCUCUGUCGAUGAGCGCCUCAGCAUUCUUCUCAAAGGAAAGAUGAAGGUAUCAUAUCGUGGCCAUUUCUUGCAUAAUAUUUACACCAACGCCUUCAUCGACUCUCCAGAAUUCAAGUCGACUCAAAUGAACAGGGGGGAGAGGUUUCAG